CCAGCGGCAGCCUCUCCCGCUGCCGCCGCCGCCGCCGCCGCCGCCGCCGCCUCCCCGGGGCUGAUCGCGGCCCCAUCCUCCGGCCGCUGCCGCUGCCUCUGCCGCUGCCGCUGCUGCUCGGCGGGCAGCCCGCGUGGGUGUCUCCCGGAGGUUUCCCGCUCCCCGGGGCCGCGGUGUAUGUUCGCCUCCUGCCACUGUGUGCGGGGAGGCAGGAGGACGAUGAAAAUGAUCCGCUUUCGGAGCUCGAGCAUCAAAUCGCUCAGCCAGGAGAUGAAAUGUACCAUCCGGCUGCUGGACGAUUCCGAAAUCUCCUGCCAGAUCCAGAGGGAGACCAAAGGUCAGUUUCUCAUAGACCACAUCUGCAACUAUUACAGUUUGCUGGAGAAGGAUUAUUUUGGCAUUCGCUAUGUGGACCCUGAGAAGCAACGGCACUGGCUAGAACCCAACAAGUCAAUCGCCAAGCAAAUGAAAUCUCAUCCACCAUAUACCAUGUGCUUUAGAGUGAAAUUCUACCCACACGAACCUUUGAAGAUUAAAGAAGAGCUCACCAGGUACCUUUUAUAUUUGCAAAUUAAAAGAGACAUUUUCCAUGGUCGUCUGCUGUGCUCCUUUACGGAUGCUGCCUACCUGGGGGCCUGUAUUGUUCAAGCUGAGCUUGGGGAUUAUGACCCUGAUGAACACCCAGAGAAUUACAUCAGUGACUUUGAGAUUUUCCCUAAGCAGUCCCACAAGCUGGAAAGGAAAAUAAUGGAAACACACAGGAAUGAACUCAGGGGCCAGAGUCCGCCAGUUGCUGAAUUUAACUUACUACUGAAAGCACAUACUUUGGAAACCUAUGGGGUGGAUCCCCAUCCCUGCAAGGAUUCAACAGGGACGACGACAUUUUUAGGAUUCACUGCUACGGGAUUUGUCGUGUUCCAGGGAAAUAAAAGAAUCCACUUGUUAAAGUGGCCGGAUGUCUGCAAAUUGAAGUAUGAAGGGAAGACAUUCUAUGUGAUUGGCUCUCAGAAGGAGAAAAAGGCCAUGUUGGCAUUUCACACCUCAACACCGGCUGCUUGCAAACACCUCUGGAAGUGUGGGGUGGAGAAUCAGGCCUUCUACAAGUAUGCAAAAUCCAGUCAGAUCAAGACGGUGUCAAGUAGCAAAAUAUUUUUUAAAGGCAGUAGAUUUCGAUAUAGUGGCAGAGUUGCCAAAGAGGUGGUGGAGGCAAGUUCCAAAAUCCAGAGGGACCCUCCUGAGGUGCACAGAGCCAACAUUAGCCAGAGCAAAAGUUCCCACUCCUUGAAUAAGCAGCUUAUAAUCAACAUGGAACCCUUGCAGCCACUUUUGCCUUCUCCCAGUGAACAGGAAGAGGAAGUUCCUUUGGAUGGUGGUAUUCCAUUGCUGAGAGAAGAUGACAACUCAGCCCCUGUGAUAUCUAGCUCACCAAUAAAGGACAUUGGAGAGUAUGGGGACUUCUCAAGGGAGCAGGAGGAGAAAAUCAAAGAGGAACCUUUGACCAUCUCAGAACUGGUCUACAACCCAAGUGCCAGCCUGCUUCCCACCCCAGUCGAUGAGGAUGAGAUUGACAUGCUCUUUGACUGCCCUUCGAGGCCUGAGUUGGAAAGAGAAGACACUGAUUCAUUUGAGGACCUAGAGGCAGAUGAAAAUGCCUUUUUACUGGCCGAGGAAGAGGAACUGAAGGAGGCCCGGAGAGCUCUGACAUGGAGCUAUGACAUUUUGACAGGCAACAUCCAGGUGAACCCCUUCGUCAAGAGUUUCUCCAGGCUCCUUGUCGUGGGUUUGGGACUGUUACUGUUUGUGUUUCCUCUCCUUCUCGUCCUUUUGGAGUCAGGCAUCGAUCUGUCCUUUCUUUGUGAAAUUCGUCAGACACCAGAGUUUGAGCAGUUCCACUAUGAAUAUUACUGUCCUCUCAAGGAGUGGGUGGCGAGAAAAAUAAACUUUAUCCUCUACUUGCUGGGUUGCUCAUAAAGUUAACAUAUUAUGUGACUAAGGGCUAUAUUCAAUACUAGUGAUUUUCUUUUUUCUUUUCUUUUCUUUUCUUUUUUUUUUUUUAAGCAACUGCCUGGUUUUUAGAGAGGUCAUGGGGCCAUCAGCAAGUAGCUCUUUUCAUUCUUGUUCCAUAUAUAACAGACUGUUCAACUCCUUAAGUUAGCUUUUCAUAAUUCAAUACACUUAAGUAAGUUAAAAUCAAAUAAAACAUUAUUUUCGUUAUAGCCCAGUAUGGUGGCCCUAUUUAAGUAACCAAAAAGAUAUUUAUUUUUAAUUGCAUCGUAGGCUUACUGUUUACCUACCGUACCAUAGAACAUUAUGUAGAGCUAACUUUUUGCUUUUUUUUGGAAGUUUGUAGCAUUAUAAGCUGUAAGGUUCAGAACCUGAAUUUUAGUAAAAUCGGAGGGAAGUGUUUUUGAAUAUACUCCUUAGUGCAACAAUCUCUUCUAACCAAUGCCUAUACAAGCAAAGUUUAUGCUGGGUUUUUGUUGUUUUUUUUAAAAAUAUUUUUAUGUGUUCAAAAUAUUUUGGUAAAUUUUUAGCAAAAGAAGUCUUCUGAAGUUAUUUAAGUGUACAGAUUGUAAGAUUAAUGCACAAACGGCACAUGGGGAAUUUUUUUAAUGUUUUGGCAGUGAUUUGUU